AUGUUCGCAGAAAUAGUCGUAGUAAUGUUCGUAGUAAUGUUCGUAGUAUUAUUCGUAAAAAUAUUAUUCGUAGUAUUAUUCGUAGCAGUGGUGAUAAAGGCUGUAGCUGAAGAUGUAGUGAUAAUAAACGUCUACCAAAAUUCCAAUUUAUUAUUUGAGAUGAAUAAAUAUACAAAAUACAAAUGUGAAUAUGCAAUUAAGAAUAGAAAUAUGACUAUAGUUAACUUACCAGGCCAGGACGAUAAGGAAGAAGUACAGUACUUGAUACAGUCAGAUGCAGACAGCUUGAAUGCAUUCUUCCUUACUAUUAUUACUAUCACUAUCAAUCGACCAUCUUUGAACGUCUUGUAUACUUGCUUUGUUGGUGAAUUACAAGCACUCGUUGGACCUAGAUAG